AUUGAACACACUUGCUUCUGAAAUGGAAUAUAGUUCAUGUAAUGCCGCAAUAAUGUCUGAACCUCCCAACACAUCCACCACAACACCACCCAAUAUUGUGAAUGUAACACCUUAUCCUGCCAUCGCGUACAAAAACCACCAUCUGCCGCCCAUAACCCACGGUGGCGCAACCACAUCCAACGUCGUGUUGUUGCCUGCUUCCAACCACCGAGAGUACCGGAAAGGCAACUGGACCCUCGAAGAGACCCUUGUCCUAAUCACCGCAAAGAAGCUGGAUGAUGAGCGUCGAAUUAACGCCACCACCUCCGCCACAGCAAACAGCCGUGCCGCCACCGGCGGGGAGCUGAGGUGGAAAUGGGUGGAGAAUUACUGUUGGAGUAAUGGCUGCUUCCGUAGUCAGAACCAGUGCAAUGACAAGUGGGAUAACUUGCUCCGCGACUACAAGAAGGUCCGUGAGUACGAGCUCCGAUCACCGGCGCAAAAUCGUCCGUCGUAUUGGUCGAUGGAUAAAACCCAACGCAAAGAUCGAAAUCUGCCAUCGAACUUGCUACUUAAUAUCUAUGAAGCACUAAACGACGUUGUUCAGAAAAAAACCCCCCAGCGACAUUGUCUUCCUCAGCAACAGCCUCCUCUCGCAGUCCUUCCACCUCCCCAGCCGCCUCCGUCGUCGCUACCUCCUCCUCAGCCAUCGUCAUCUCAACAUCACCCUCCGCCUCCGCCUCCGCCUCCGCCUCCUCCUCCUGCUUCAGAAGCAUCGGUAGAAUCAUCGGAAACAGAAGGAGAAGAUGCAGAUAAUGAUAAUAAAAGGAGAAGAGUGAGAGACAUCGGAAGUAGCAUUGUUCACAGUACCAGAGUAUUAUCAGAAACCCUAAAACGCUUUGAGGAGAAGAAGGAGAAAAGACACCGAGAAUUGAUGGAACUUGAAGAACAAAGACUUCAUUUGGAAGAGACUCGAAAUGAAGUUAAUCGUCAAGGGAUCACUGGUUUGAUCACAUCGAUUAAUAAGCUUUCUGAUGCUAUUUAUGCACUUAUUUCGGAAAAACGUGAAAGACCAUAACAUACCAUGCAUGGGAGAGAUUCUUUUAGGUGUAAUGGUUUAUAUAUUUAAGUUAAGAAAAUGGUUAUUGAUUGAUCCAUAGAUCGUACAUAUAUGUAUCUGACAUUUGCAAUUGCAAUUGAAUUAAGUAUAAGUUAGAAAAUAAGUUUUGCGUUUGUCAUUUGUUAUAACAAGAUAAAGAGAAUGGAAAUAGAAGAUGG